AUAUGUAUCCCAAUGUAUAUGAUCCUCCGGGGUUAGAUCACGUGGCCAUGGAUCUCAACUCUAUCAGGACUUCUUUUUACCCUGUCCAAUGGACGUGGAGUGGCAUUGAACAUGGAGGAAAUGUUGAUGCUUUCAUCACUUACAACUCUAGUACAAAAAACCUGAGUGUCUUUUUACUUGGUGCUGAGGACUUUAAUCGUCUAAAUUCAUCUAAUCUUUCUGCAACAUUGGAUCUUAGUCAAUAUUUGCCAGAAUGGGUCACUUUUGGCUUCUCCGUAUCCACUGGAUCUAGCAUUGAGCUACACACUAUUUAUUCCUGGAGUUUCAGCUCCAACUUACAAGUUUCCAUGAAUAAAACCAUCAAUCUUCCAAAUGUACCACCAAUCCCUCCAUUCGACCCCAGAAGGAAGAAACAGACAUGGCUACGGGUAGUUCUAGCCAUUGUUGGUUGCAUUUCUACUUUGCUCCUAGUUCUAAGUCUGGUUUGGCUUUUCUGUAGGAGGAGAAAGUACAGAAGGAUGAGGGAAGAUGGGACCAUUUCUUUCAACGUAGACGUGGAAAUGGUGACAGCACCUAGGAAGUUUUCCUACAAGGAACUCAGGCUUGCAACCAAUAAUUUUGCCGAUGAAGGUCUCCUUGGAGAGGGAGGUUUUGGAAAAGUUUAUUUAGGAUUCUUGAGGGACAUCAAUUCCAAUAUUGCUGUCAAAAGGAUAACUCCAAAUUCUCAACAAGGGGUGAAAGAGUACGAAUCCGAAAUUACCACUAUUAUCAAAUUGAGGCACAGGAAUUUGGUCCAACUCAUCGGUUGAUGCCAUGACAAUAAGGAGUUCCUCAUUGUGUAUGAGUUCCUUCCAAAUAGGAGUCACGAUUACCAUCUACAUAAAGAACCGUGCUUGUUGACAUGGGAUACAAGGUAUAAAAUCGCCAUGGGAGUGGCCUCAGCGUUGUUUUAUCUGCAAGAAGAAUGUGAUCGAUGCGUGCUGCAUCGAGACAUCAAGUCAAGUAAUGUUCUGCUAGAUUUUAGUUUCAAUGCCAAGCUUGGUGACUUUGGGCUGGCUAGGCUUGUUGACCACGGACAAGGGUCUCAAACAACAAAAUUGAUCCUUGGAACUGAUGGUUAUAUAGCACCCGAGUGUCUUGACACAUACAAAGCCAUUAAGGAAUCCGAUAUAUACAGCUUUGGUAUUGUUGCCUUAGAAAUAGCCUCCGGAAAGAAGGCCGUAGCUGUAAUUGAAAGGAAUGGCAAGAGAUUCAAGACAAAACUGGUGGAAUGGGUUUGGGAAUUGUAUAGGGAAGAGCGUCUUUUGGAUGCUGCUGACCCAAGAUUGUCUGGAAACUACGACACGGAACAAAUGGAACGGUUGCUGUUAGUUGGGCUGGCUUGUGCUCACCCAAACUAUUUUGACCGCCCAUCCAUAACGAAGGCUAUUGAAAUCCUUGGUUCCAAAGCCCCACUGCCCAGUUUACCACGCGAGAUGCCGGUUCCAAUAUACAUUGCAGCUCUGCAAGACAACAUCGUUACAUCUUCAGCAUCCACUUCAUCCUAUACCAGUGCCUCCAACAGAAGCCAAACUCAAAGUUCAGGCACUGCGUCAAGUAUCCAUUCCUUUAAGGAUUAAACAAUGGCUCCAGGUUACGAGACGGAAGCCAAGCAGUGAAUUCUUGGCAGUUGGUAGUUGAACCUUCUUUUGUUGUAUAUUUGGCUUCUUGUUUUCUAGUUUUGAUGCUUUGUUAUAUCCAUGGUUAAUGGUUUCCGCACCUUGUGUUUUGUUCUAUUGAUUGGGUAUAUACGAAUAUCAUUCUAUUUAAAGA